GCCUAAUGUUUUAUAAAAGCAUAGAUUAAGAAGAUAAAGGAGCUUGAGCUUGAUUAAAGAAUACUUUAUGUGCUACUUGUGAGCUUAGCUGUUAUUUUAGUACUGACCGCAAAUUAAAUUAAGUUUGCUAAAUAUUUUGUUUGUUUCGUUUAACAUUAUCCAUAUUAUUAUGUUAUAUUAUUGGUUACUAAUAUCAAAAUUGACAUGACUUUAUCGAUAAUUAAUCAAGCAUAUUUUCUAAAUUGGUAUUUUGCUAUUUUUUUAUCACUAACUUUAACGGUGGUCACCCUUAACGCGUCUUCAUUUUAUGACUUCGGGUUCAAUUGCAAAUGUUAAACUAGAUCUGACCUUGCGAUGGCCAAAUUUUGUUCCACACCAUAAAGUAUGUUCAGUAUACAUAAAUUGUCACCGUCAGGAAUGCUUAUUACGUGCGAAUGUAACAGUUACUUUCUUUAUAAUAAAUAAUACAUUAAUUUUUUUUUUUGAGAAAUGCUUUAUUUCAUUAACAAAAAUCAUUUGUUUACAAUAUUGUGGUGAGAUUCCCGGUAAGUUUACAAUAAACCUGUAUUGGGAAACCACCACUCCUCCAUUCGGUGUCUUAAUUGUAAAUGAAAAUAAAAAUUUGCACAUAUAAAGACAAAUAUUUAAUAAUAUUUUCAGCUUUGUUUUUAUGUGAUUUAUAUGUGUGUGUAAGUGUAUAACGUCAAGAAAACGAUACAUGCCUAGUAUUAUAGUCGAUUUAAAUAUUAUUAUUUAAUAAGGUUUAAGAAGCUACUUAUUUUGUUGUUUAUGUAAUACGUUUUAAUAGAUUUUCAGUAUCAAUAUAACUUAGUGAUUUAAUCCAAGAUAUUACAGUUUUUUGCAAUCACAAUUAUUAAGGGGGUAGAUAUUAAGUUUUUUAUUGACAAUAUUAUAUAUAUAGCUGGUUUGUUUCGUAUUGUUUAGCAGCAAAUUUGUUUUUACUAAUUUAUUGGCAAUAACUUAUGUAUGGUGGCUUAAUUACAGUGCGGGAAAAACGUGUAGGCAUUCUGAAGCCGCAGGGAUCUUUAGAGAGGGCACGCGAGGAACGCGCCAUGGCCACCACGCAAGAGGAACCAGACGCUGUAUGUCAGGACACAGACGGUGGAGAAGACAGCGGUAAGAGUGAUGAUAAAAAGGAGGUUCGAAAACCGCGCGUCAACAUCGCCAUGGCCGCCAUAAUGAGGAAACAGGAGGAGACCAACAAACAGGUGAAAUUCGUGACGCCACCGCCGACGCCGGACUCGACGACAGAUGUCACCGAUAAAGAACAGGACAAACCAAAAGUGAUACAACCCAAACCAAUAAAAGGACUAGUCGCGUUACCGCUCGGCAGGAAGACGGGCGGCAUACUGUCGCUGAAGGAUAAAUCCGCGGGCUACCCGCAUCUCGUCAACGCCGAACCAGAAUUACCGAAGAAGACCGAGAAAGAGGAAAAGAAGGAGAUAAAGCCGAACCAGGCGACGACUCAGAGCUACCAACCGAAGCGGCAAGAGAAUCCACCGUCGCCGAACUGGAGUCCGAACGCGCAGCCGAACGUCUACAAUGAGAGCGUCAGGAUGAGUUUCCAGAAGAACUAUGGCGCUCCGAACGCGGGCGUUUACGCCCCGAACUAUCCUCAGCCUAACAACGCCAGCGGACAAGGAAUCCGACUGCCAGUCGUCAACCCGAAGGAAAUAGACGUGAGAACUGCCGCUAUGCAGAAGCAGACGUCGCGUACUGAUCUGUUCCAGGAGGGGCCCAAGUUCGCAGCGCACGGCUAUCAAAUGUCCGGCGACAAAAAGAAUUUCCUCAACGAUCUGCCGCCGAGAUUCGCCAACCAGUAUCGGUACUGGCAAGCGGCGCACGAUUCCCAACUCGCCGAUAACAAGUUUAGAGAUGACAGUUUCAAAACCGAGUCGCCGUUCGACAGAUCGAAUUGGAGGGCCCCGAGGCAACCGCAAGACGGGACCCAGCAACAGUCUCCCUGGAAGCCGGAGUCCGAUUUCAACUCGAACUUCUCGCAACCGGUCAACUUGCAAGCUAAUUUCUACUCGCCCCACAUGAGUUCGAACGUUGCGAAUCCUUACCGGAACUUGUCGCCGUUCAAUCCGAUGCAGAACACCGUGAAUCAUCCGCCGGCGGACGUGUUAAACUUACAAGGCUACGUGCACUCUGCCAUUGGACAGCCGCAGCUGCAGACCUUGCAGAACAUAGUGAGCUCGCCCAAUUUCAGUUCGUCGCUGAACAAUUUCGGAACGUACGCGCCCACUGUUGGCUACGACUCGUCCAUGUACCCACAGUUCGGUGGGAAGAUGAACUACCCGCCGAUGCAGAUGAAGAUGAUGGAUAAGCCCCGGCCUCCGGGCUAUCCCGUCGCCAACGGCGGAUUGAUGGACAUGACCGGAUUGGGUUUCGGCUCGAACGUGAUGGAUGUGCAGCAGAGGAAUCUGAACAUGAACUUCAACGAUCCGCUCGGACGAGACGUCGGCGCUAUGAAGAAUUUAGAUUCGAAUGCGAGCGCGGAGGCGGGGGGCGGGGGCGGGGAGGUGUCCAACACGUACUCUCUGUUCAGCGGCGCCGCGCCCGCGCACGGGCCGCAUCUCGCACAACAGUCACUAUGGUCGGGGCCGGGUCCUUCGCCCCUGGAGCGUCUACUGGAGCAGCAGAAGCAGAUGAAACCCCAAUGACCCGCGACCCUCUACACGGAACAGCUUAUCGUUUCCGACAAUCUCCUUAAGCGGUAUCAGUCCCGGACAUUAUCACAAUGAUAAAUCACUGAUGGCCAUACUUUGUAUGUGUAGAUAAAUAUUUAAAUUAUUUGUAUAAGAAAAUUGUUCUGAGCGCUGCGAGGCAGAAUAACGGCUGUGCUAUUUAGACAAAAAUGUGGUAACGCUAUUGUUUGGAGUUACGUCAUUAUGGAAUUUUAAUUUGUGGAUACCAAUUUGCGAACGUUAGAUGUGUUUGUGUUCGUUUCGUUAAAUAAUGUAAUUCAAACUUUGUAAAGUGAAAAUGGAUAUUCUAAAAUUAGAAUAACGAAAUUCCAGAUUUGAAAAGUCAUUGUAAUAAAGCAUGUUUUUGUAAUAGCUUAAUAGCCUCCAAUUCCAUAGCGGCAUUUAGAUAUUGACAAUAGUAUAUAAUCGUUUCUAUCGGUUUAUGAUGAAGAACACCCCCUCGUUAUUAAAGAGGGUUAACAAUCAAACUGAAUAGCAAUGUCACAAAAGUUACAUUGAUCCCAAGAUUUUAUGUGUGCUGAAAUUAUGUAUAAUACAGUUUUUAUAAAUCAGGCAAUAAAUUGGUAUUAGAAUCAAAUAAUAAAUUUAUUUAAAAAAAUACGCACUUUUUUUACUAAAAAGCUGUACAGUGAAAAGUUAUAGUGUGCUUAUUGACUGAACUACUAAAUAUCGCAGAAUAAAUAUGAUAGACAAAGCCUCAGCAGUUUCUUAACAUUUAUUAUGUGUCAGGUUCAUAGUUCUAAAUUCAUUAAAUUUUUCAAGCUCCACGAGUAUUUUUAUAACCAGAUAAAAAAAUCAGGUUAUUAAAAUUAUUAAAAACAGAUAAAUUAAUUUAGAUAAAAUAGACAAUAUUAAUUUUAUAACACAUUUUAUAAUAUAUAUGAAUGAUUGAAGACCGUUAAAAUAACAUUGUAUACAGUCAACAUCACAUCUGAUUAUCCAAGUCUGUAAAAUUUUGUAAAUUUGCUAGUCAUUAGCAUAAUGCGGCUGUAUGUAGAUUAUUCUGUGGAGAUUUUGAUUUAAGGAUCCGGUAUAUUGAUUUUUUUCUACGAUAUUUACAAGUACAGAUUCGCAGAACAUAAUUGUAAAAGUAUUUUGUUGUGCUUUAAGUGAAAGUAAAUUGAAGUAACUAAUGUCAAAGAAUAAUAAGAAAUACAAAUGUUUUCUUUAUCAUUUUGGAUUUGUUUUAUUAUAUUGUAUGUUGUAAAUAAAAAUACCAUUUAAUCAGUCAAUAAUUUAAAUUUAUUAUCUAUAAUGUUAAUAAACAAUUUAUAUGAAAUACUUAUCCAUUAUAAACGAAGCAAACUAAUUUUCUAAUUGCAUUAUACAAACGAAUAUUUACAAUAUAUUAAUAAAAAUUAUUUUGAACAUUUAUUUAUGUAUAUUUUUGUGACAAUAAAUAUUUGUUUCUUCCUCUGACGGCCGUUGUUAAAAGCCCAUCUAUCAUAAUAGCAUUUUUUGCAAUGAUUGACAGGAGUCACGUGCAGAGUGUGCAUCUCAGAAUAAUAACUGAAGCAUAGAAACCACGCUAAAAUAUAAGCGAAGACGUGUUUUUGUUUCUUACGAUGCGUUAAAAAGAUAUAUAAUAUUUACGGUCAGUUGUACAAACACCCAUUAAGGUUUAAUGACGCCUUAAAGCUCUAAUGAAUAUAA